GUUAGUUCGGUUAGGGCUCUGCAAACUCCCACCGUUUAUUUCCCGCGUCUCUCUAACUGAAGCUUCAAACAAGAAGAAGAUGAUGACGGUGACCAACAGCGGCAUCCAAUACGCCGUUCAGAUCAUCACCAAACACUUCGGCAACCUCGUCGCUAAAGUUUGCGAAACCCUUCUGAAAUCCGGACCGUUAAACCUGGGCGCUCUGAUCCGAUCGACGGCGCUCACUCCCCAGCAAGUCAAGAACUCUCUCCUGAUUCUGGUCCAGCACAAUUGCGUCCAGCCCUUUACCCAAGAGUCCAAGGCUGGGCUUAAAGUUCAGUACAUUGCGGUGUACGAUAACAUACUCCAUCGACUUAGGUUUGCGAAAUUUCUGGCGGUUGUGGCCCAGGAGCUUGAUGAUGAUUGCAAACAACUUCUUGCUGGUUUACUUGAGCAUGGUAGACUUACACAGCAACAAUUAAUGGACAGAGCCAAUCAGAAAUCCAAAUCAAAUAGCAGUCAAGUUCAGAAUGCUGCUCAAGAUAACUUUGUUAGACUUGUGACUGCUCGUUUUGUUGAACGCUGCCCGGCCCCUGAACCACUUCUUGAAGAAGCACCUGAACAAGAAGGUCCGAAGAAGCCACGCUCUAAAUCUGCUAAGAUGGCACAAGUAUCAGAGACCAUAGAACAACGUGUUCUAGCAGCAGCAAGGCCUAUGGAAGCAAUAAGAUUUUUAAUUACGACAGAUCCAGAAACUGAUGAUCCAUCGCAAAAAAGUGAGAAUAAUUCCUCUAGUAUGAGUGUUGGGGAGAAGCGCAAGUUUGAUGAUUUGGAUAUUGGUGAAGAACAUGGGUCCAAUGAUAAGGAAGUGGUUCUUUGGCGUGCUAAUUUUGAGCAGUUCAUUCGUUGUCUAAGGCAUAAGGCUUGUGUUGAGAAUGUUAGAGCACGACAUGAUGAUCGAGCUGCAGUUGUGUUAAGAGCUGUGCUGAAGGCAACUAGAAUGCAGGAGACCAAAGUGAAAACAGAUUAUUCAGUUCCUUUAAAGAUGGAUGCCAUUUAUACUGAGGUAAUAGAUAGUGCAGCCGGCCGUAGUUUGACCAAGGGUUCUGUCAAAGCUUCCCUCCGCUUGUUGUGCGGUGCACCUCCUGUAAGAGGAGGAUAUGAGGGUGAGGGUGAGGGUGAGGGGGAGGAUGAGGAUGUGCCAUAUAGCGUUGACUUGAAGAAAAUUAUAGAACUGCUUCAGAAUGAUGAGGCGGAGUCGAUUGUGAUGAAAAGAUAUGGAAAUGAUGCUUAUAGAAUAUUUAGGUUACUGACAGGCCAGUCAAACGCUGGUCGGUUUUUUGAGACAGAUAAGAUAUCAGUAGAUGCCCUUGUUGACAAAAAGGAAACACCUAAGAUUCUCUAUAAGCUCUGGAAGGAUGACUACGUUCAUAUGGAGAAAUUAUCAUUGACAACAGCUAAACAGUCACAAGUCAUGGUGUGGAAAGUGCACAAGUCCAUUGUUUGGGAACAUGUUUCAGAUGAGAUGUACCAUGCGGCGUACAAUUUGGUUAAGCGAUAUGAUCAUGAGAGGGAAGAGAAUAAGGAGGUUACAAAUACCCCGAAGGAGAAACGCGUCGGUGAAUUAGAGAAAAAAGCCAACCGGUUUCUAGGUGUCAGGAAAAUCAUGGCAUUAUCCCUCGUGAAGCUUGAUGAUGCUCUCAUGCUCUUCCAUGACUUCUGAUUCAGGAAUUAUGACCGCAAUAUUAUUGCCACUUCUUCAUGUAAACAGAGGGCAUAUUAAUUUCCUUAUUGACAAGAUCGUUUCGCAAUCAAUAUAUUAAUCUCAUUUGUUUUCUCAA